AUGAUCGGACAUGAAUUCGAUAAAGUUAUAAAAGAUAUGAAGGAGCUAACUAUCAGUGAAAGUGUCAAUGAACAAAACGAAGUUAUGGGCAUUUCUGGCGAAGACCCGCUUACUGAGCAAAAGAGGCAAGUAGCUAUGGAAAACGAACGAAAAGCAAGACAAGCUAAGGUGGAAAAAGAACGUGAAGAAGCAAGACAGAAAAUUCGUGAUAAAUAUAAUAUCAAGAAGAAAGAUGAUCUCUCCUCUCGAGCUCACGGCAGAACGGCGACAACGACAUUGAAUGAAAAUCAAGCAAGAGAAGCGAAUCAAGCGUCAAGUUUCGAUCCAGUGAAAACAGCGACAAAUGCAUUUGAUACUUUAAAGAAAAAACUCGGAUGGAAAUGA